UUUUUUUUCGUUUUUUUUUUUUUUUUUUUUAAAACGAUUAACGUUAUUGUAUUAAACUGGAAAAGGUGUAUUGAAAAUCGAUUCAAAACCAAAGUAUAAGGUUUAAAAAUUUAUGACAGCACCUCAAAUACGAAUCAUCUCUUCGUCGUAUAACAUCGCCAUGUUGGACAUUUAAAGAUGGCGCACGAAGCAGCAAAUUACGUUCUAACCUUUCCCUGAAAUUUUUUGGCGCCGGCAAUUUGCGCGCACCGAAUGUAUUCUACCUUGUAAUGCAUAGCGUAUUGUAGAAUGGUAGUAAAUUAUUAUCAAGUAGGUUCUCUACACUUCUCGCUUUAUAAUUAUUUAAUCAUUUAUUUAGAGAUUUCAUUUAUCGUAGCCUUUAAAGUUCAUUAAUAUCCGAGGAAUUUUUCGUAAAAUGUAGCCGAAAACUCCAUCGAUUCUCCUUGUUAUCCAAAUGCAUUAUUAAACCUUGGCGCUCAUUGACAACAUCUUACAAUAAUUGUGAAAUUAUUAUUGACCUAUAUGUGAUUAAUGUAAAAUCCCUUUAAAUAUACCUUUUAAACGUCCGUAGACAAGUUUUUGACAUAUUUUACACUGAUUUUAAUCGUAUUUUCCACGACGCCGGUAUUAAUUGCCCCAAACAUUCAUGUUUCCCAUUCGGCGCAAGAAGGAGAAAAGGAGAAAAGGCGAUAACGUUAGAUAGGAGCACGCGUGGCUUUUUACAUGGUUCUGCCUACGAGGGCAUACAAGCAGCACGGAUUUAAUAAAAGAUGGACGGAAUGUCGAACUCGACGAAGUUAUGACUUGAAGCAGAAAGUAUUGAAAAGACAAUUCGAGUUUGAGGAACUUUCGUGAAUGAGGAUUCAGAUAUGUCGAGGCAAAAUGAAUCCAGAUCAACUCCAGAACGAAGAAUCCUUGGUGAACUGGGAAACUCCACUCCAGAUUCGCCAACAGCUAAUCUGAGACUACUUACGACUUUAGCAUCAAACUUAAAAAAUGUAACUUACAAUCCAUGCCAGGGAUGCUCGAGCUCCAGCAGCGUAGUGGAACUACCACCUGCGAGGGAUUCGAACUGUAUGAAACUACUUCCACGAAAAGAGAAGUCACUUAGUCUUUUGUGCAAUAAAUUUUUAAAUUUAUUCCCUUUAACAAUUGAAGAGAAUGCUCGGAAAGAAAUUUCUCUUAACACAACUGCUCAAGCUCUUGGUACCGAAAAGCGAAGAAUAUACGACAUAAUAAAUGUUUUGGAAAGCUUAGAAAUGGCUUCAAAAGCUGGUAAGAAUCAAUAUUUUUGGCAUGGACAAUCGCGAUUACCCAUGACACUUGCCAAACUAAAAAUGUCUGCUAUUGAGCUUGGAUUAAAGAAGCAAAUUCAAGAGAUACAAAAAAUUAAUAGAGCUUAUUUAGAUGAUUCGGGUCGAUCUUGUAAUAAUUAUUCGACAACUUUAAUGGUGCCUCAAAGUCCCGUUGUAGACUAUCGUUUCCCCGAUAACUCUGUUAAGGAAGACAAAAGUUUAGGUGUCAUGUGUCGAAAAUUUGUUAUGCUUUUCCUCGUCUCAUUAAAGAAUGGCGUUAUAAACUUAGAUAUAGCUGCAAAAGUCUUGAUCAACGAACAAGACAAUUCUGUAAAUAUAAAAAGCAGCACGACGCAAUCGCGAUAUAAAACAAAAGUUAGAAGGCUUUACGACAUUGCAAACGUUUUAUCCGCUAUCGGUUUGAUCGAGAAGGUUGAUUUAUACAAUUGUAUUAUUAGGAAGCCUAUUUUUAAAUAUACAGGACCAAGCAUCGAUUGUAUUAAUUUCGAUUCAGAAAUUCUAUCUACUGAAAAUGAAAGUCAAUCGCUAGUAGGAAUGACUACACCAAAUAAAAAAUCGAACGUCCUUAGUUAUCACGCAUUAAGUAGAAUUUCAAGAUUAUAUUCAAGUACCCCAAUCGGAAAUAAACGCGAGCCAAGGAAAAGAAAGCUAUUUGAUUCAGAUAAUAAAUUUAAUCGAACUCAGAGUUCAUCUAAUUUAAGCAAAUCGGAAACUCGAUCUCUAGAUCGUUUGGAUGAUUCAAUUUUACAAGUCGUUGAAAUGGAAUUGAAACGAAUGAAGUCUAACGAGCAUAAACCAAAAGUUUGUACUAAGCUCUUUCCAAGACACAAUUCUGAUUCAUGCAUUUCGCCUUCAAAAGAGGAUAUAAAUUUGGGCAGUGCAAAGUUGGAUAACGUAGCUUCAACAAUUCCUGAAGUCUUACAAAUAUCCACUACAGAUUCACCAGUUGCUCUUCCAGUAGUUAGUAAAGAAAAUCUAGUCAAUGAAUCCUGCAAACUUGUCACGCCGAUUCGCACGGUGCGAAUAAAUGUGCCUUUGGAGUUAAAAAUUACACCGUUCAAGUUGCAAGAAUGCAAUACCCCAAAAUUUGUGAAACUCACUAAUUUUGAUAUGAAGAAAUUGGUGCCCAUCUCGAAAGAGGAUAUUAAAAUUAAGUUAGCUUCUGUCAAUUCUACAGAGAAAGUGCAAAAUCCUAUCCACAAACCAAAUGUUGCAAUUAUGACACAGAUACCAAUUAAAAAGAUUUCUGCGGGUGAUAUUUUUAAAGCUAUAAAAGUAGGUAAUACGUUUCAAUUAGUUCCAAUCGAGCACAAAAGUGAUAGUAAUCAAAAGAAUUAAAUAAUAGCAACGAGGGAUGUCUUUAAUAGGCUUAACCAAAAGGUUGUGCUCAUAUUUUUAUAUAAUUGUGUCUAUCGAGACAUAGGUAAAUGCUAUGUCUAUAAUAAAACAAAUGUAUAUACAGAGAUUUUUUUUUAUAGAUUUAUGUAUUCAUUAAUUCGCAAGUAAAAAUGCACUUAUAUGCAUAAUUUGCAUAUUUCAGUUCUAUGUAAUAUGGCAAAA